AGACAAUAUUAAGAUGAGGAUUCCAUCCUUUAAAGGAACCAGCUCACCCGAAGAAUAUCUGGAAUGGGUGCAACGUGUGGAGAAGGUCUUUGAAUGUCAAGACUAUUCUGAGGUAAAAAAAUGUAAACUUGCUGUCUUUGAAUUCACUGAUUAUGCUAAUCUUUGGUGGGAGAAUGUGAAAGCUCAGCGUAGGAGGGAUGGAGAAGAGGAGAUCCGAAACUGGAGGCUUAUGAAGCGGAUCAUGGAGAAGCGAUUUGUCCCUCAAUAUUAUAAGCAGGAACUGUACAUCAAGUUACAAAGCUUGAGACAAGGGGAGAUGUGUGUUGAGGAUUAUGUCAAAGAAUUUGAGAUGUUGAUGAUGAGAUGUGAUUUGUGAGAACCUCAAGAACAGACCAUUGCAAGGUUCUUAGGAGGCUUGAAUAAGGAGAUUGCUGAUACGGUGGAGUUGCAAUCUUAUGUGUUCCUUGACGAUGUGAUCAAACUUGCUGUUAAAGUGGAGAGACAGCGCAAGCGUGGUGCAAGUAAGCCAAGUAAGACUACCAACUCAUCUUCGUUAUCACCAUGGUCCGUCCCUAAGGCGGUGCCAAAACAAGUAGAAAAAUGUGAUUCUAGCAAGCAAGUCACAGAUGCGGCCAAAGAAAAAGAGGUGGAGAAUUCACAACCUCCCAGACGAAGUCGAGAUAUCAAGUGUUUCAAGUGUCUUGGUUACGGUCAUAUAGCCUCUGAAUGUCCAAACAAGAGGGUGAUGUUCAUUCGGGAGUCACAAGAAGAAAUUGAAAGUGAAAAUGAGGCUAUUUUGGAAGAGGUAAAAGAAGAUUAUGUGGAGUUUGCAGAUGAAGGAGAGCUGUUGGUUAUUCGUCGCAACCUGAACCUACAACCCAAAGUGGAUGAUGAGCAGCGCGAAAAUAUCUUCCAUACCAGGUGCACUAUCCAUGAUAAGGUAUGUGGUGUUAUCAUUGAUGGAGGUAACUGUACCAAUGUGGCUUCUACUAUUUUGGUAGAAAAACUUAAUUUGGUGACUAUGAAGCAUCCCCAUCCCUAUAGAUUGCAAUGGCUUACUGACGAUGGUGAUGUGAAGGUUACAAAGCAGGUUGUAGUACCUUUCUCUAUUGGCAAGUCCUACAAAGAUGAGGUUGUUUGUGAUGUGGUUCUUAUGAAAGCCAGCCAUCUUCUUUUGGGAAGGCCUUGGCAGUACGAUCGGAGGGCUAUUCAUGACGGCUUCAAAAACACCUAUUCAUUUGCCAAGAAUGGGAAGAAUAUAGUGUUGGCACCACUUAGCCCGCAACAGGUCCAGAAGGAUCAGCUUGUGAUUGAAAAGGCUAAGCAGGUUCCAAGUGAAGAAGUCUCCCUUCCACCGCAAAUGAAGGAGAUCUUGGAGGAAUUUACAGAUGUAUUUCCAGAAGAGUUACCAAAGGAUUGCCACUAA